AUGGCAUCAUUGCCUCCCCCUCCGCCUCCGGGCUGGGGUGCGUCGGCGCCGCCGUCGAUGCCGCUGGCUCCUCCGCCACCGGGAUAUCAACCGCCUGCGGAUCCGACUGUCGCGAAGUUUGCCCAGAAGAAGAAUGAAUGGCUGCGGACGCAACGGAACCGGUUUGGCGAGAAGAGAAAGGGUGGAUUCGUUGAAACACAGAAGGCUGAUAUGCCCCCGGAGCAUCUGCGAAAGAUUGUUCGGGACAUUGGCGAUGUGUCGCAAAAGAAGUUCAGCAAUGAGAAGCGCAGCUAUCUCGGUGCGCUGAAGUUCAUGCCCCAUGCUGUGUUGAAGUUGCUGGAGAACAUGCCCAUGCCCUGGGAAUCGGCUAGGGAAGUGAAGGUACUGUAUCAUGUUAAUGGUUGCCUUACCUUGGUCAAUGAGACUCCUCGUGUCAUUGAGCCCGUGUUUCACGCUCAAUGGGCUACCAUGUGGGUGUGCAUGCGGCGAGAAAAGAGUGAUCGCAGACACUUCAAGAGAAUGCGCUUCCCUCCUUUCGACGACGAAGAACCUCCGCUAUCGUGGUCGGAAAACAUUGAAGAUGUGGAGCCGUUGGAACCCAUUCAGAUGGAGCUUGAUGAGUCGGAGGAUGCUCCUGUCUAUGAGUGGUUUUAUGAUCACCGGCCUCUGCUGGAUACUCCCCAUGUUAAUGGGCCGAGCUACAAGAGCUGGAACCUGACACUUCCGCAGAUGGCUACUCUGUAUCGACUAAGUCAUCAGCUCCUGAGUGACGUCGUCGAUCAGAACUACUUCCAUAUGUUUGACUUGAACAGCUUCUUCACCGCCAAGGCACUGAAUGUCGCUAUUCCGGGUGGUCCUCGCUUCGAACCUCUCUACAAGGAUAUCGACCCCAAUGACGAGGAUUUCAGCGAAUUCAACGCCAUCGACCGUAUCAUCUUCCGCGCCCCUAUCCGCACGGAAUACCGCGUCGCCUACCCCUUCCUGUACAAUACCCUCCCGAGAAGCGUAAAGGUUUCUUGGUACUCUCACCCUCAAGUUGUAUAUGUCCGCACCGACGACCCUAAUCUCCCCGCCUUCUACUUCGACCCCGUCAUCAACCCUAUCUCCUCCCGGUCCGUCGCGCCGAAGAAUAUCACUGUCAGCCAUGAAGAUGAGAUUUUUGGUGAAGGAAACAACGAGGACGACUUCGAGCUCCCUGGUGACUUCGAGCCGUUCUUCUCCGAUGAGGAAUUGUACACACCCGAUACCGCGUCCGCCAUUGCCCUCUGGUGGGCUCCUCAUCCCUUCAACAAGCGCUCCGGCAAGAUGGUGCGCGCCCAGGAUGUUCCCCUCGUGAAGCAGUGGUAUCUGGAGCAUUGCCCGCAGGGCCAGCCUGUCAAGGUUCGCGUCUCAUACCAGAAGCUGCUUAAGACGUUCGUCCUCAAUGAGCUGCACAAGAAGAAGCCCAAGGCCCAGAACAAGCAGAAUCUGUUGAAGACUUUGAAGUCGACCAAGUUCUUCCAGCAGACGACGAUCGAUUGGGUUGAAGCAGGUCUGCAAGUUUGCCGCCAGGGUUUCAACAUGCUCAACUUGUUGAUCCACCGCAAGAACUUGACCUACCUCCACCUUGACUACAACUUCAACUUGAAGCCCGUCAAGACUUUGACCACCAAGGAGCGAAAGAAGUCUCGAUUUGGAAACGCUUUCCACUUGAUGAGAGAAAUCCUUCGUCUCACCAAGUUGAUCGUCGACGCCCAGGUGCAAUAUCGGUUGGGUAACAUUGAUGCCUUCCAGCUGGCUGACGGCAUCCUGUAUGCUUUCAACCACGUCGGACAGCUUACUGGUAUGUACCGUUACAAGUACAAGUUGAUGCACCAGAUUCGUUCUUGCAAGGAUCUCAAGCAUUUGAUCUACUACCGCUUCAACUCGGGACCUGUGGGUAAGGGUCCUGGAUGCGGUUUCUGGGCCCCGGCCUGGCGUGUUUGGCUCUUCUUCAUGCGUGGUAUCAUUCCUCUGCUCGAGAGAUGGCUCGGAAACCUGCUGUCCCGUCAGUUCGAGGGUCGCCACAGCAAGGGUGUUGCCAAGACUGUCACCAAGCAGCGUGUGGAGUCUCACUUCGAUCUUGAACUCCGUGCAUCUGUCAUGGCGGAUCUCAUGGACAUGAUGCCCGAGGGUAUCAAGCAGAACAAGGUCAACACUGUCCUCCAACAUCUGUCGGAGGCAUGGAGAUGCUGGAAGAGUAACAUUCCUUGGAAGGUUCCUGGCCUUCCGGCGCCCAUUGAGAAUAUCAUUCUCCGUUACGUCAAGAGCAAGGCUGACUGGUGGAUUUCCGUCGCUCACUACAACCGUGAACGUAUCCGUCGUGGUGCCACCGUCGAUAAGACAGUUGCAAAGAAGAACCUUGGUCGACUCACCCGUUUGUGGCUCAAGGCUGAGCAAGAGCGUCAACACAACUACCUUAAGGAUGGUCCCUACGUGUCGUCCGAGGAAGCUGUGGCCAUCUACACAACCAUGGUCCACUGGCUUGAGUCUCGCAAGUUCUCUCCGAUCCCCUUCCCUAGUGUUUCUUACAAGCACGACACCAAGAUCCUGAUCCUUGCUCUGGAGCGUCUGCGUGAAUCCUACUCCGUCAAGGGCAGACUCAACCAGAGUCAGCGUGAGGAGCUCGCUCUCAUCGAACAGGCAUACGAUUCUCCUGGAACGACCCUAGCCAGAAUCAAGCGUUUCCUCUUGACUCAGCGAGCCUUCAAGGAGGUUGGCAUUGAUAUGAACGACAAUUACAGCCAUAUCAACCCCGUGUACGACGUGGAGCCCAUCGAAAAGAUUACCGACGCCUACCUCGACCAGUACCUGUGGUACCAGGCAGAGCAGCGCCACUUGUUCCCCGCUUGGAUCAAGCCGUCGGAUUCUGAAGUUCCCCCCUUGUUGACUUACAAGUGGGCUCAGGGUAUCAACAACUUGGACAAUGUCUGGGAGACUGCCGAUGGCGAGACGAACGUUAUGAUCGAGACCGAGCUGUCGAAGGUCUAUGAGAAGAUGGAUCUUACUCUGUUGAACCGCAUGCUUCGCCUUAUCAUGGACCACAACUUGGCUGACUACAUCACUUCCAAGAACAACGUUCAGCUCAGCUACAAGGAUAUGAACCAUACCAACAGCUACGGUUUGAUUCGCGGUCUGCAAUUCUCCGGCUUCGUUUUCCAGUACUACGGCCUGAUGAUCGAUUUGCUGCUCCUCGGUCUGCAGAGAGCUAGUGAAAUGGCUGGACCCCCUGCAAGCCCCAACGAUUUCUUGCAGUUCAGAGACCGUGCUACUGAGACGAAGCACCCUAUUCGUCUGUACACGCGUUACGUCGACAAGAUCUGGGUCUUCCUUCGAUUCUCUGCCGAUGAGUCUCGAGACUUGAUUCAGCGCUUCUUGACUGAGAACCCCGAUCCCAACUUUGAAAAUGUCAUCGGGUACAAGAACAAGAAGUGCUGGCCGCGUGAUUGCCGCAUGCGUUUGAUGCGUCAUGAUGUCAACUUGGGACGCGCUGUAUUCUGGGAUCUGAAGAACCGCCUGCCGAGGUCCAUCACCACCAUCGAAUGGGACGACACUUUCGCCAGUGUCUACAGCAAGGACAACCCGAAUCUUCUGUUCUCUAUGUCCGGAUUCGAAGUCCGCAUUCUUCCUAAGUGCCGCAACCAAAACGAGGAGUUCUCGGUGAAGGACAGCGUUUGGUCUCUGGUCGAUAACUCGACUAAGGAGCGCACAGCUCAUGCUUUCCUCCAGGUCACAGAGGAGGAUAUCCAGAAGUUCAACAACCGGAUUCGUCAGAUUCUCAUGUCAUCCGGUUCGACGACUUUCACUAAGAUUGCAAACAAGUGGAACACGGCUUUGAUCGCACUCUUCACCUACUACCGUGAAGCUGCUGUAUCCACUGUCAACCUUCUGGAUACGAUCGUCAAGUGCGAAACCAAGAUCCAGACCCGUGUCAAGAUUGGUCUGAACUCCAAGAUGCCUUCUCGUUUCCCUCCCGCCGUUUUUUACACUCCCAAGGAACUGGGAGGUCUGGGUAUGAUCUCUGGAUCCCACAUUCUCAUUCCGGCUAGCGACAAGCGGUGGUCCAAACAAACGGAUACCGGCAUCACCCACUUCCGUGCGGGUAUGUCACAUGACGAAGAGACCCUGAUCCCGAACAUCUUCCGGUACAUCAUCCCCUGGGAAGCCGAGUUCAUUGACUCCCAGAGAGUGUGGAUGGAGUAUUCGCAGAAGCGACAGGAGGCUCAGCAGCAGAACCGCCGUUUGACGUUGGAGGACCUGGAGGACAGCUGGGACCGUGGUCUUCCCCGUAUCAACACCCUGUUCCAGAAGGAUCGCAGUACGCUCAGCUUCGACAAGGGUUUCCGUCUUCGCGCUGAAUUCAAGCAAUACCAGUUGAUGAAGAGCAACCCGUUUUGGUGGACUAGUCAGAGACAUGACGGAAAGCUGUGGAACUUGAACGCUUACCGUACCGACGUCAUCCAGGCCCUUGGUGGUGUCGAAACCAUUCUUGAGCACACCCUCUUUAAGGCAACUGCCUUCCCAUCAUGGGAAGGUCUCUUUUGGGAAAGAGCGAGUGGUUUCGAGGAAUCGAUGAAGUUUAAGAAGCUUACGAAUGCCCAAAGAUCCGGUUUGAACCAGAUCCCGAACCGUCGGUUCACUUUGUGGUGGUCUCCUACCAUCAACCGUGCCAAUGUAUACGUUGGUUUCCAGGUUCAGCUGGAUCUUACCGGUAUUUUCUUACACGGUAAAAUUCCGACCUUGAAGAUUUCGUUGAUUCAGAUCUUCCGUGCCCACUUGUGGCAGAAGAUUCACGAGUCCGUCGUUAUGGAUCUGUGCCAAGUCUUCGAUCAGGAGCUUCAGCAGCUGGGCAUUGAGACAGUCCAGAAGGAGACUAUCCAUCCUCGUAAGUCUUACAAGAUGAACAGCUCUUGCGCCGACAUUUUGCUUUUCGCAACGAACAAGUGGAACGUCACGCGUCCUUCCUUGCUCUUUGAUACCAAAGACGUUUAUGAGCCAACCACGACAAACAAGUUCUGGCUUGACGUGCAGUUGAGAUAUGGUGAUUAUGACUCCCACGACAUUGAGAGAUAUGUUCGUGCCAAGUAUCUCGACUACACCACCGACAGCAUGAGUAUCUAUCCUUCGGCUACCGGUUUGAUGAUUGGCAUUGAUCUCGCGUACAACCUGUACUCGGCAUAUGGUCAGUACUUCCCUGGUCUGAAGACCCUGAUCCAGCAGGCUAUGGCCAAGAUCAUGAAGGCGAACCCUGCCUUGUAUGUCUUGAGAGAACGUAUCAGGAAGGGUCUGCAGCUCUAUGCUUCGGAAAGUAACCAGGAGUUCCUGAACUCCCAGAACUACUCGGAGCUCUUCAGUCCUCAGAUCCAGCUGUUCAUUGACGAUACCAAUGUCUACCGUGUCACCAUCCACAAGACCUUCGAAGGUAACCUGACGACCAAGCCCAUCAACGGUGCUAUCUUUAUCUUCAAUCCCAGAACCGGACAGCUGUUCUUGAAGAUCAUUCACACAAGUGUUUGGGCUGGACAGAAGCGUCUGGGUCAGUUGGCCAAGUGGAAGACAGCAGAAGAAGUGGCGGCUCUCAUCCGAUCCUUACCUGUAGAGGAGCAGCCGAAGCAGCUGAUCGUCACCCGUAAGGGUCUGUUGGAUCCUUUGGAAGUCCACCUGCUUGACUUCCCUAACAUUUCCAUCCGAGCUUCCGAGCUUCAGCUUCCUUUCCAGGCCGCGAUGAAGGUUGAGAAGCUUGCGGAUAUGAUUCUCCGGGCAACGGAGCCUCAGAUGGUUCUCUUCAACCUUUACGAUGAGUGGCUGAAGUCAAUCUCACCUUACAUUGCCUUCUCUCGUUUGAUUCUCAUUCUGAGAGCCCUCCACGUCAACAUUGAUAAGGCGAAGAUUAUCCUCAGACCUGACAAGAGUGUCAUAACCCAAGAGCAUCAUAUCUGGCCUUCAUUGUCGGAUGAGGAUUGGAUGAAGGUUGAAGUGCAAUUGCGUGACUUGAUUCUGAACGACUACGGCAAGAAGAACAAUGUCAACGUUCAGAGUCUGACGAGUAGUGAAGUUCGGGAUAUCAUCCUUGGUAUGGAGAUCAGUGCUCCUUCACUUCAACGUCAGCAGGCCGCGGAGAUCGAGAAGCAGCAGGAAGAGCAGAAGCAGCUCACGGCUGUUACGACGAAGACACAGAACGUCCGUGGGGAGGAUAUUAUCGUCACUACCACCUCUCAGUACGAGCAGCAAUCGUUUGCUUCCAAGACUGAGUGGCGCACACGGGCAAUCGCGACGUCCAACCUUCGUACGAGGUCGAACAACAUCUACAUCUCAUCGGAUGACGUCCGGGAGGAGGGAUACACCUACAUCAUGCCGAAGAACGUCCUCAAGCGCUUCAUCACGAUUGCAGAUCUGCGUGUGCAAGUUGCUGGAUACCUGUACGGUACCUCCCCUCCUGAUAACGACCAGGUGAAGGAAAUCCGCACCAUUGUCAUGAUCCCCCAGGUGGGCAAUACGCGUGAGGUGCAGUUGCCACAGCAGCUGCCCCAGCACGAUUAUCUCAACAACCUUGAACCUCUGGGUGUUAUCCACACCAUUUCUGGAAACGAGCCCCCUUACAUGUCGGCCAUGGAUGUUACACAGCAUGCUCGUUUGAUGAACGCCCACUCCUCCUGGGACAAGAAGACGGUUACCAUGACAGUGUCUUUCACCCCUGGAUCCGUGUCACUUGCGGCCUGGGGUCUCACGCCCCAAGGCUACAAGUGGGGAGCAGAGAAUCGUGAUACCACAUCUGAUCAACCGCAAGGAUUCUCGACCAGCAUGGGAGAGAAGUGCCAGCUGUUGCUCAGUGACAAGAUCCGCGGAUACUUCCUGGUGCCGGAAGACAACGUCUGGAACUACAGCUUCAUGGGCAGCUCCUUCGGCGGAGUGGAGAAGCGGCCGGUGUACGUGAAGAUCGACACCCCUCUGAGGUUCUACGAUGAACAACAUCGUCCAUUGCACUUCCAGAACUUUGCGGAACUGGAAGAUAUUUGGGUUGACCGUUCUGAUAACUUUGCGUGA